GGAGGCCAGAAGAGGUACCCGAUGGUGCGGAUUUCCUAUACCAUCCCUCCCCCGCAUCUCUGACGAUCUGGGUUCAGUGGUCGAAGAUUACUUGAGGAUGCUGGACGCUCUGGCCUCAACCACCCCCGACAUAUAUUUCCAGUCCUCUGCCUUUCCGCACGCUUUCCGAAUAGCGAUGGGGGCGUUGACUGUUGUUUACACAGACAUCGUCUUCAUUUCUCUGGAACUUUUUGUGCAUAUCUUCAACCACGACUGUCUGGUAUCGCCGACGACGCCCAAACUGCGGACUUACGGCGGCGUUAUCCAAGACAGUGUCCAGAAAGAAGGCCUGCAACUUCUUGCCGUGCUCCUCCAAGGCCUAGUGACCGACUUCCCUGAGGAUUCUCUCUCACUCGUGGUCUCAAUUGUGCGCACAAUGUCGCAGCUAUGGAGCUCGCAGGUGCUUUCUUGGCUACCCCUUGUGUUGCAGCAGCUACCGGCAGCUGCUGCACCGCAAGAGGCGAGGGCGAACUUCUUGUCGGAGGUCACCAGCGCAAUCAAUGACAAGGAGUACAGCAAGGUCAAAUACGCCCUUUUAUCCCUCAAUCGAGCCUCGAGGAAAGCCAGAGAACGGCGGCUGGCAGGGACUGGUUUGGGCCGCGAUCGUUAGAUGGAGAAUGGACUGCAAACGUAUAAUACAUUCUCAUAAAUAUGUAAGGAUGGGAUCAGCCCACUUCGAGUUUGGUCCGUUUUUGACCCGUCUGAUCGGACAUAAAGCCCAUAUCAGGCCCACUUCCGUUCCGCAUCAGCCAUAUAUACCAAGGUCUCGUCAACGCUUCCAAAGUCUCGCCAACGCUUCCGAAGGUUACUUGGCUCUCAACAUGUACAUGCGCGCUGGCCAUCCUCUGUGCAGCAUUGGACGCCGGACGUUCUCCCAAUCCGCUACGCGUCGAAGCUACGCAGAUACCAUCCAUAAUCUUCUUAUCCACAAGGAUACCAAGGUUCUUUGUCAGGGAUUCACCGGCAAGACAGGAACGUUCCACGUCAAGGAAGCGCUUGCCUAUGGGACCAACAUGGUCGGUGGUGUGUCGCCCAAAAAAGCGGGUCAGACACAUCUAGGCCUUCCUGUCUUUGGUAGUGUCAAGGAGGCUGUUCGCGAGACUCAGCCGGACGCGACCGUUCUCUACGUCCCUCCCCCAUCCGCUGCCGAUGCUAUCAUUGAGGCUAUUGAGAAUGAGAUUGGGCUCAUUGUCUGUAUCACGGAGGGCAUUCCCCAAGCCGACGAAAUCCGGGUCAUGAAUGCGCUGAAAAGCCAAUCUCGUUCGCGUCUUGUCGGACCCAAUUGCCCUGGUGUCAUCAACCCCCUGGGCUGCAAGAUGGGAAUCCAGCCCGGUCAUAUCCACAAGCCGGGCAAAAUUGGUAUCGUUUCCCGCUCAGGGACGCUCACUUACGAAGCUGUCGCUCAAACGACUGAUGUUGGAUUGGGUCAAUCGUUAUGUGUCGGAAUCGGAGGAGAUCCUUUCCCGGGAACGCAGCACGUAGAUGUGCUCAAGGUCUUCCUCGACGACCCCAACACGGAAGGCAUUGUUGUCAUUGGUGAAAUCGGUGGCUCGAUGGAGGAGGAAGCGGCCGAGUACCUAGAGAAAUACAACAAGACCCGCGCGAACCCCAAACCGGUUGUGGGCUUCAUUGCUGGGCGUACUGCACCUCCCGGACGUCGCAUGGGUCACGCUGGUGCAAUUAUUUCUGGCGGCAAGGGCGCUGCCUCUGACAAAGUAGCCGCUCUGCAGCGCGCUGGUGUCAUUGUCACAGACAGCCCGGCUCAGAUCGGCAAGGAGAUGCUUGCAGCUAUGCAAGCGGCUGGUCUUGUCUAAAUGUACUUACAUUCUCGAGAAACAUAGACGAUAAAUAACUGGAUAUGUGCGCUCGCUUUUCAUGUGAUCUCUCUGGACAAAAUCGCCACCCUUGAUGCUUUCCACCUUUCACCUCCAGGUAUUCCAAUCCAUCGCCAAUCUAUCGUCCCGGGAGAAGCCAAGGAGAGAACUCAGAGAAGCACUCAGUCCAGAUUGUUCUUACUCAGGCUUGCUACGUAAUCUGCGAUGUCUGCAUUCGACAGUGCUGCCACAUUCCUCACCACUUCUACGCAAGCGGUAUCGACUUCCCAGAAGCUUGAGGUGCUGAGAGAACCCGUCUGCAAUCACAUGGCUCUCAACUAGUUGCAGCUCUAUGGACUUUUCAAAUGUGUAACCAUCUCAUCGCAGCCGACCACUGCUCGGCCUUCCAUCUUCGACUUCACUGGAAGAGCAAAAUGGGACGCUUGGGCAACUGCGGGGAAAACAUACUCCGACAAAGCGGAUGCCGAGAGUCGCUAUCUCGAAAUCGCCAAGUCUUUGGGCUGGACAGAAGGCCUAGUCGUUCUAGAUGACGAAGUGGCCGCAGAAAACGAAGAUAUUUGGGACUCAGAAGAGGAAGGUCAGCCGGCAAAACGGGGCGAAGGAGGGGGGAUGGGUGUGGCUGUCAGUGCGAUGUCUCGGCCGGAAACAGUGGAGGAUCCUGGCCUCCACGGUGCGGUCGUGUCUAAUAGCCUGGACGCUGUGACAGCGUUUGAGCAAGAUCCCGCUGUGGAUUGGAAUGGAAGGGAUGAAUUUG